GCAGCAUGAAUGCGCACGUCAGGCUGGCCAACUGCGUGCGCGUCAUUGAAACGGAGCGGGCGCGAGUCUAAAACAAACUUACUGGAGCAGAGCAGCACAUUGCAGCACAUUUGGCUUCAGUGCAGACGCGCGCGUCUCUGUGCACUCACAACUUCUUCGGGGAGAACUGCAGGAUAGAAAAGUUCUUUACCAGUAACAUAUAGGUGACAAUAUAUUAUUUUAUAUCCAAAUGGAUAUCAAAAGCAUUCGAUGUGUAGUUUAAAACGAGAGUAAAAUGACAGCAAACAGCAGGCGCGGAUGAAACGCGGAUAAAAUCAUGGAAUUUCUGGAAGUGAUAUUUUAAAACAACCCAAGACCGACGCUGGAUGACUCUUAAUUUUGGAUUUGGACAACAAUCCCUGAAUUUAAGUCCAGUGACUUUUAAAUCUUAUGAGCUGAUGGAGUAUUUUCAUAAAUCAAUUCAAGUUCGUUUAUCGCUCGCUUAACCCGAAAACGGGCAGUUUAUCAGGCGCGCUCUGUUUGAGAGGAACUGAAUUAAAGCGCAUCUCGCCGGUAUGGUGCGCCUGCUGAAUUGCCUGGUCUUGGGGUAUUUGACAUGGAAUCUGCGUAUAUCUGAUGCCCGAGGAGAGUACUGUCACGGCUGGCUAGACAGCAGUGGAAAUUACCAUGAGGGCUUCCAGUGUCCGGAGGACUUCGAUACGGCGGACGCGACGGUGUGCUGCGGGAGCUGCUCGUUGCGCUACUGCUGCGCGGCCCCCGACGCGCGUCUCGACCAGGGGACCUGCACAAACGACAGAGAGGUGGAGAACAACACGCAAUAUGCUGCCCAGCCCAUCUACGUGCCCUUCCUGAUGGUGGGCUCCAUCUUUGUGGCGUUUGUGGUGGUGGGUUCUCUGGUGGCUGUGUACUGCUGCACCUGCCUGCGACCCAAGCAGCCCACACAGCAGCCCAUCCGCUUCUCACUGCGCAGUCAGGGCGAAACCAUUCCCAUGAUCCUCACCACAGCCCCUCCCAGCCUGCGCACGCCGUCACGCCAGUCCAGCACGGCCACCACCAGCUCCAGCUCGGCGGGUGGAGGCAGCUCCGUCCGGCGCUUCUCCCUGGGCCGGGGUGAGGGGCUGGGACAGUGUUCGCAGCAGCAGCUCCUGAUGGUCUCAUCUUCCACGGCCUCCACUCCUGUGCCUGUGGCUCCGGCGCAGCCACUAUUGCCUCCACCUCCUCCACCACCCUACACCUCCCAGCAGGGCCUGCAGUGCAGCAACUCUCUCCAGCACACGCACGCUCACAGCCAGUUACAGCUGCACCACCAGACCCUGCAAAGCUCCGGCUUCCUCCUGCCACAACAGUACUUCUUUCCCCUGCCGCAGGAACAGUUCUCUACAAACAAGGGCUUUGCUGACUUCAGCCAGAGCUGACCUGGGGCUCCCUGCUCAAAAGGAAACGGACACCAAAGAAUCUGUCAUUCACAAUGUCGUUGUUGUAGAGUCAUAUUACAGGGGCUCCCGUUCAAGGAAGCUUUCAGCAAGCUCGAUUGGCACUUGUGAGACCGCAGCUGGAAUUUAAGAGCCAUGUGGGCCGCUAAAGCUGGUGAGAUAGUGAACUUUCAAUCUGACAGACACUCAAGUGCUGGAUACAACAUGGAAGCCUAAAUCUACAACUGAUCGCAUCUCAUAUGCACUUUCAAUCUGCUUAUUUGAUGAAAGACUUUCAAUGACACUCAACUGAACAUUUAGCCUCUGUAUUCGAGAUAAUUUGAUAUAUAGAUAGACAAUAUCACAUGACAAUCUCAAUCCCAUUUUAGGGGUCCUGCACACAAACGGUGCCAUGUAUGAAUGAGGGUUUUAUAGAAAUUAUCUUAUUUUUCCAAUGGGUCAGAGAUUGAAGGUUUAGUUGCCAGAUUGAGACAAAAAUUGUUCAUGUUUAAAACAGGCAUUCAUCAUGCAUUAUUCUUGCUCAGAGUAUCAGUCACAUAAGGAACAGGUUAACAUCAUACGAAUGUACAGCUACCUUUGAGAAAACCUCCGUUUUUAAUGUUUGGAGAGCAUUCAUUCUUCAAUUUUGUAUAAUCUGUAGCAAUCUGAAAGCCAUUAUUGGCUUAGAUUCAGAUUACAUUGGCAACACAGUUUGUUGUAUUUGAUAUGAGACGUUUUGUAAAUGAUCAGGUGUGUCUAAAUGUACAGAGCAGCUGGAAGCACAUCAUGUGACGAGACCGUCUUCAAAUAAGUAUUACAGUCUCUAACCAACAGUGUUUUUCAGCUAAAUUAAAUCGUUUUAUCUUCCACUUAUCUUAGUUGGUCUCAUCACUCGUGAACGACGAUCAGAUAUAAGAAUGAAAGAACAUUG